ACCGUCACGUCCUGGAGACCCGGUUGACGUGCUGCCAUGAUACUAAAAUGCGACGGAUGAAGAGCUUCAAGUUUAAUGCCCAAGUAUAUCAAGACACCCCAAGCUGACGAGGCACACACACCGUUUAAGUAUCUACACUCCGGCCUUUGGAAUCCUGACGUCCUGGCUUUGACGCGGCUCGACCAUCGCUCAUAGCCGCCGGCAUGCCGCAAUCGGUGAGGGGCGAUGAGGGGUAUCGUGAAGACCUCGCUCGGUGGUAAUUGGCCCGCGCGAGAGGCUUACCAAGCUCCGCGGACGCUAUCAUACUCGUGUCGUCUCCUUUUCUAUUAUACGCGUAAGUACGUCCGCUCUUUUUCGAUCAAUUUCAAAUGAUUACACUACUGUCUUAAUGGGAACGAGUUUGUUUUCCAUACAUUUCUCUUUCUCGACAUCAUCUUGCGCCUCCAGGGCCUUUCAUCCAUCAUAUUGCAUCUUGCACCACGAGUUUAGUUUCGACCUAAUUCCGCUCCUACCAUUCCUCACGCGUCUAUUCCAAGCCCGGCAACUUCCCCACAAAGUCCGCUACCCAACCGCCGGAGAAGAGCGCCCAGCGGGCAAUAAUAAAAUCAUCUUCCCUCCAAUCGACAUGUAUGUAGAAUGCCAUCCGCACAAUGCCCGUCUACAUCUACGUCUACAUCUCCUACGUGAAUUAUCCACAUUGGAUUCUGAAACGUAUUCAACGCCGACGCCGGCAUGGCUCGCCCUUCCCCUAGCACUCUCCGCGCGGGAAAGAAACAUACAUACAGACAUCGUAUCCCGGUAUUCCCGUAUGGGCCGGACGAGUCGUCCUCUCAUAACACGAAGGCAACACACCACGUAUCAAGUUCCAUGCAUUAUCCGAUUUUCUAGCACGAUCAUGACUUCGCUACUACCUACCCACCCAGCAGCAGUAGUAGCACAUGCCCUGUUUUCCGCGGUAGGUAAUUACUUAACACUCUUCUUCGUGUUCGUAUUCACAUGUUCUUAUUCGUACAAUACCCCCCCAUCUAGACACGGAACCGCCUCCCAGUUGGACCAAUGCAAGCAAGGUAAGCAAGCAGAGCAAGCAUGUAUUCCCCUCCCCUGCCCUCCGCCGAUCUGCCAAUAAUGUCACCCCUCAAGGUUCUUCUGCAUACAUUGAAGCCUGUUCCGCUCGCGGGGUGGGUCGUCAAGCGUUGCCCGUCUGCCUGUCUGUCCGGGGCAUCAAACCCCCCUGUUCCGCAGAAAAAAAUAUAUAGGCAAGGCAGACUGCCCACGCCCACUUCAACGGUACAGCAGCGAACACAAGCAAGUAAGCAGGCCAGAAAAACAGGAGGAGGUUUCAAUCCAAAACGCCGUCCCAGGAUGCAGAUGCUAUUGCUACAGGAAAAGAGAAAGAGAGGAAAACAAGGGCUCCUU